AUGAACAUUGAAUUCCUGUUUCCACGCACAGAGAGUAAAGAAAGACACGAACAUGACGUUGAAAUGCUAGAAGCAGAUUUGGAAGAGGAAGAUCUAAAAAGAGAAGUAUUGACUUCUUUGAAUUCCAGUGACGCUUUUCUUAUGGUGACUCCAGGACAACGGAUAACUAGUGACCCGCAAUUCAUGAAAGGGCAUGGGACAUAUCAUCUCCCCCCAGAUUCAAUGCUAUCUGCGGUCGCAGGUAUUGUAGAACCUGUGAAUAAGUUGAUUUUGGUGCGACCUUUACACACAAGAUAUACUGGCGAUAUAGGAGAUUUAGUUAUUGGGAGGAUAACGGAGGUUACCCAAAAAAGAUGGAAAGUAGACUUAAACUCGCGGCAAGACGGUGUUCUACAGUUAUCAUCGAUUAAUCUGCCGGGCGGAGUGCAACGGCGUAAAACAGAGGAAGAUGAGCUGCAGAUGCGUAAAUUUUUUAUAGAGGGAGAUCUACUUGUGGCCGAAAUACACGCAUUCUUUCAAGAUGGGGCUGCAAACUUACACACGAGGAAUUCAAAAUACGGAAAGCUACGAAAUGGCUCAUUUAUUAAUGUCCCACCACCACUAGUACAACGCUGUAAAACGCAUUUCCAUACGCUACCUUGCGGUAUUGAUGUGAUCCUGGGACUUAACGGGUAUAUUUGGCCAAUUGAUGACUCUACGCGUGAGAAAAUCGCUCGUGUCUGCAAUUGUAUAAAUGCAUUAAGUCAAAAUUUCGUUUAUAUCAAUGAUACUGCGAUCAUUUAUGCAUACGACGCGUCCUUGAAGUUUCAUGUGAGAGAGUUGAGACGUUUGGAUGUAAUUGAUGAGAUUAUGUCGAUUGUGGUUGCAAAGGUUGCUUCCUCAAAAACUGGGUUUUUUCAAUAA